UUGGCGAAAAUGUGGUGAAGUGCAGACGCGUCCCUUCCGCUCGUUGGCGCGUUGUCGUUUGCGUACUACUCUGUUUGUUUGUCUUUUGUGUCGCGUCGUCGUCUCUCGUGUUUCUAUCUCUUUCUCUCUCGCUCGCGUAAUUAGUGAUAAAAACGCAUCAAGUGUGCUGUGGUGUGUUGCGUGUCUCCAAACCAAAGAAUUGCAAUAGACAGUCGAGCACUCGACAUAAACAAAAACACACACAAAAACAAAAACAAAAAACAACAUACACAGAGAGGCAAAAUGCUGAAAACAAAAACAAGCGACGACAAGCUCGACACGCUGCUAUCGCGAUCCGCGGUGCCCAUCAUCGAUCUGGCUCAUUGUGGCAUUGAAGAGGUGCCCGUCAAAUCGGUGGUGAAUCGUGUGGGACAUCAACUGCAGAAGGCACUGUCCGAGAAGGGCAUGGCACUGCUGGUCAAUCACGGCAUAUCUGAUGAGAAGCUAAAGACUGCGUGGGAUCAUCUGGAUGAUUUUGUGGACUUGGAGGCGGAUGUGAAGCAGCAUUAUAUACGCAGCGAUGGCGAUAAUCAUGGCUAUGUGAGUCCGGGCGUUGAGCGUUUCGAUGGCAAGACACCGGAGCUGCGUCAUGCAUUCAACAUCUGCACACUGAAUGCCCAGAAUCUGCCCGAGGAGCCGUUGCCCGGUUUUGCGGAUCACAUUAGCACACUGGCCAAUGACUUCAAGGCGCUGGCCAGCUUCCUGCUGCAGGCGCUGGCCGUCUCGCUGGACAUUCCGCACACAUUCUUCCUCGAAAAGCACUCACACAUGUUGUCCGGUGAUCACGACAACAUGACCACCCUGCGCAUGCUCUACUACCCACCCGUGGUGGACGAUGAGCCCGGGCACGGACAGAACGAUGUGAUCAAGGGCCGUUGUCAAUACAGCUAUCAGCGUUGUCUGUCGGAUCAGCCGGAUUUCCGACCCGAACACAAUCCGCGCGACGACAUCAAUGAGGUGGACGGCAUGACGUCCAAUGGCAAGGAUGGUGAGCUAUCCGAGCACAAGCUGGCCAAUGGCGAGAUCAUUCGCUGUGGCGCCCACGUCGACUAUGGCACAUUCACACUGCUCGCCCAGGACUCAGAGGGCGGUCUUGAAGUGAAGCUGCCCGGCAGCGAAAAGUGGCAUCGUGUUGGCCAUUUGCCUGGUGCCAUUCUGAUCAAUUGUGGCGAGAUCUUGUCCAUCUGGACCAAGGAGCGUUACCCCGCACUGGAACAUCGCGUUGUUGUGCCCGAGCAGGAGCACAUACGUAGUCGCGGUCGACAUUCGAUCGCCUUCUUCUGCCAUCCAGACAAUAUUACAAUGAUAUCUCCCAGCGAUCUGCCUCAAACAGAUGCCGCACAGAAUGCAGCAUGCCUCAAGCAGCGCAAGAAGUCCUUCAAGGCGGCGAAAGAACGCGUCUACAAUGCAUAUCAGUUAAUACAGAAAAAGUUUAAAGAUACAUACAGCAAUAACAAUCACUCUCAAUGACAACAACUUCUGUAAGCCACUGUGCCACCCUCCACCCUCUUCUCCUUUCCCUUCUUCUGUUUCCACCUUCAGUCUUUUUGGAAUCUGUCAAGCUGUCAACUUGUGAAGCGUUUAGCAUCUUCGUAGAUGGGAUGAGAUGACGACAGACGAGAGACACUGUUUGAUGUUUUCAACUUUUUAUUUUUACUUUUACUUUAUUAUUAUUACAUAUACGAUUGUAAUUGCUUCAUUUCUUUAGUUUGUAUCAUAUGUAUUUGAUAUACAUACAUACUAUUUAUAUAUACAAAUACAAUACAUGCAUACACCAUACAAAUAUA